GUUGAUUUUCUUUUUUUGAAAAAAAACAUUGGUUUUCAGUUUUCUCAAUUAUUGCUCUAAUUUGAUUUGAAUAAGAAUGUUAUAAUUGAAACAACAACAACAGCAAAAAAUCUACUUUUUGAUAGAAACUUAUUGUUGCUGUUUUUGUUGUUGUUGUUGCCGACAUAAAUGGCAAUCGAUAUCAAUGAAACAUCAAAUGAAAUAAUGAUGAUGGCCCAAAUGAAAGUUCCAUGUAUUAUGAUUGAUAAUGAUAAUUUUGUUCGUUGGUGGCCAUCAAUUACGAAAUGUAUGCAACAAAGUGAUUUUAUUGCCAUCGAUCUGGAACUGUCCGGUCUUGGUUCGAAAGAUAUAUUUGCAUCACAAAUCGAUGAACGAUAUAAAGCAAUUCGUAAUGCUGCCAUUACACGAUCAAUAUUAUCAAUGGGUAUAGCAUGUUAUAAAAUCGAUUCAAACAAUGGUUAUUUUAAACAACGUAAAUCAAACGAUGAUGAACAUAAAUUGAUUAUGGAACAAAUUGCUGAUUGUCUUGAAGCUGAUGAUGAACUUUCGAAUGAUAGUUUCAACAAAAAAAUCGAUGAAGAAACCAAUGAUAAAAUACAAUUUCAUACAAAUGUUAAUGUUUUUCAUUUUCUUACAUUGAAUCAUACGGAAUUUGUUAUGGAAACACGUUCAAUGAAAUUUCUUGUUCAACAAGGCUUUGAUUUUAAUGAACUUUCCAUUAAAGGUAUUCCAUUCUAUCCGGGUAAUGAUGGUUCAUCGAAUGAAUCAUCAUCAUCAUCAUCAUCAUCAUCAUCAAAAUCACAACAACCAUCAUUACGAAGAUUGAUUGAAUUAUUAAUUUCAUUGAAAUUACCAUUAUUAUUACAUAAUGGUUUUAUUGAUCUUGCUUUUCUUUAUCAUAAUUUUUAUGCCGAAAUUCCAACCAAACUUGAAACAUUUAUGGCCGAUUUAACUGAAAUGUUUCCGAAUGGUAUAUUCGAUACAAAAUAUAUUGCUGUUGCACAUUUAUCCUGUUCAUAUCUAGAAUAUCUAUUUCAAUAUGCACAACGAAGUAAUUAUUUUCGUAAAUUAAAAAAUUCAUUACAUAUGGUAUUAAAAUUUGAUCAUUAUGAUGAUCAAUCGGAUAUACGAAUAUUUGAUCUUAGUCCAAAAAUUAUGCAACAUACAACAAAUAAUGGUUAUAAUGGUGGUGCUGCUAGUGGUGUUAGUAAAAUUUGUGAACCAUAUUCAAAAUAUGGUUGGUGUGAAAAAGCCGACAGAUGUGAAUUAUCACAUAAUAUUGAUCUAAUAUUGGAUGAAGAAUUACGAUCACAAAAAAAUUCUAAAAGUAAACAAUUGAUCGAUCAAUUGUUACAGAUACAACAAUCAAAUCAAGAUCUGGGUGAUAAUUCUACAAUCAAUAAUAAUAAUGAUAAUGAUAAUAGUGAUGAACAAAUCAACUGUGAAAUGACCAAAGAACCAUUACAUAAAAAAAUUGGUUUACAUCAUGCCGGUAAUGAUGCCUUUAUGACUGGUUAUUAUUUUAUCUAUAAUCUUAUUACCAAUCAUAAAUUGUUGGCCAAUAUUAAAGAAUUUCGUAAACUAAAUGAAUUAUCACGUUACAAGAAUAAAAUAUUUCUAUCAUCAAAACCACGACCAUUGAAUGUUAUGAAAAGUGCUUAUAAUAAAUGUUCAAAAGGACAUAGAGAAAAAUUAGCCAAUAUUAAAAAGAAAUAUAAUUUAACGUAA